UCCCAGCCCAGGCGGGGGCAAGCCGUUGGCUUGGAUGCCCCUACGCUGGGGCGGGCAGCGCGCUGAGCCGGGGCAGGGACAGUGGCAAGGGCCGGGCAGAGGAGGAGGAAGAGGAGGAAGAAGAAGAGGAGGAGGAGGAUGGAGCCCCCCGCGCCCUUCCUCGACUCGGGAGGGGGCGAGCCGGCCGCGCCCGUCGUGCCCCCCAGCCUGGCACCCAUCCCGGCUCCCGUGCUUCCCGUGGCACCCAUGCCACCGAUGCCACCGAUGCCACCGGCCUCCGGGGGUCCCUUACGGGCUCCCCCGGCCCUGGCCGCCCUCCGCCCGGCUUCUCGCCACGGCAGCCAGCCCAACGUCAGCGGAGAGCCCGGUUGGGCGGCUCCGGGCCACUCGCCCAGCUCCAGCGGAGGAGGAGGAGGAGGAGGAGGAGGACCGGCGGCGGCCAAGCACCGUCAAGCCAGCCCCUUGGCACACCGGCGAGACAGCAACCCCUUCACCGAGAUCGCCAUGAGCUCUUGCAAGUACAGCGGCGGCGUGAUGAAGCCCCUCAGCCGGCUCAGCGCUUCCCGUCGGAACCUGCUCGACGCUACCGGUUCGGCUCCCGGUCCCGGUUCAGGUCCGGAGCCUGGAGAGGCUCAACCGUUGCAGCUCUUGGCAUCCGGGCCGCCCCCGCCGGAGAUCGUCAUCUCCCGGGAAGACAACCACUCUCCGGCUGGGCUCUUGCACCCCAACACCGGCGGGGGUCCCGGCCACAAGCCCCCUUCCUCUUCCUCCUCCGGCUCGGCUUCGGCCGCCUCCGCCGGGGUCCCCGGAGCCGGCCCGCCCUUCCCCACCAAAGCGCCCAAGCGUAAAACCCAGAACAUCGGUUACCGGCUGGGCCACCGGCGCGCCCUCUUCGAGAAGCGCAAACGGCUCAGCGACUACGCGCUCAUCUUCGGCAUGUUUGGCAUUGUGGUCAUGGUCAUCGAGACGGAGCUCUCCUGGGGCUUGUACUCCAAGGGUUCCAUGUUCUCCCUGGCCCUGAAGUGCCUCAUCAGCCUCUCUACUGCCAUUUUAUUGGGGCUGAUCAUUGCGUAUCACACCCGGGAAGUCCAGCUCUUCGUGAUCGACAACGGGGCCGACGACUGGCGGAUCGCCAUGACUUACGAACGUAUCCUGUACAUCACUUUGGAAAUGUUGGUUUGCGCCGUGCAUCCUAUCCCGGGCGAAUAUAAGUUUUUUUGGACCGCCCGGCUGGCUUUCUCGUACACGCCUUCUCGCGCCGAAGCCGAUGUGGACAUUAUCCUCUCCAUCCCCAUGUUCCUCCGCCUCUAUCUCAUCGCCCGGGUGAUGCUCCUUCACAGCAAGCUCUUCACCGACGCCUCGUCCCGCAGCAUCGGGGCGCUGAACAAGAUCAACUUCAACACCCGUUUCGUCAUGAAAACGCUCAUGACCAUCUGCCCCGGCACGGUGCUUCUGGUCUUCAGCAUCUCCCUCUGGAUUAUCGCCGCCUGGACCGUACGGGUUUGCGAGAGCAACCUGAUUUUCUUCGGCAGGUAUCACGACCAACAGGAUGUGACCAGUAACUUCCUGGGUGCCAUGUGGCUGAUUUCCAUCACCUUCCUCUCCAUUGGAUACGGUGACAUGGUCCCUCAUACCUACUGUGGGAAAGGCGUCUGUCUGCUUACGGGGAUCAUGGGAGCUGGUUGCACAGCCCUGGUGGUGGCUGUGGUCGCCCGGAAACUAGAACUCACCAAGGCUGAGAAACACGUCCACAACUUCAUGAUGGACACACAACUCACCAAAAGGAUCAAGAACGCGGCGGCCAACGUCCUACGGGAAACUUGGCUGAUCUACAAACACACCAAGUUGUUGAAAAAGAUCGACCACGGCAAGAUCCGGAAGCACCAGAGAAAAUUCCUCCAAGCCAUCCACCAGUUAAGGAACGUGAAGAUGGAACAAAGGAAGCUGAACGAUCAAGCCAACACGUUGGUCGAUCUUUCGAAGAUGCAAAACGUCAUGUACGACCUCAUCACGGAGCUGAACGACCGCAGCGAGGACCUGGAGAAGCAGCUGGGGGGCCUGGAGACCAAGCUGGAGCAACUGGCCGCCAACUUCAGCGCUCUCCCCUUGCUGAUCACGGACACUUUGCGCCAACAGCAGCAGCAGCUCCUGGCUGCCCUGAUGGAGAGCCGGGGGGUGAGCUUGGGGGCCGUGGUGGGGGCCUCCCAGACGCCCCUCUCCGACAGCCCCCUGGGGGUCAGUUCCACCUCCUUCCCCACCCCGUACACCAGCUCCAGCAGCUGUUGAAGGUGGGAGGAGAAGACGCAGCAACGCAAAAACGCAGCAGAAGGCCAAGCCAAAAAAAAAAAGGAGGAGAAGAAGAAGAAAAAGAAGAAAAAGAAAAAGAAGAAGGCCGAAGGGACGGCCACGGAGCCACGACCUGUCCCAGGAGAAACUCGAACCCAGCCCCGGGAGCUCCAGGGCCUCGCAUGGGUAGGCUCUCGGCUCCGGGCCUCCUGAGUGGGGGGUCCGGGGUAGGGCUUGGAAGAGGGGCAGGGUCUUUUCCAGCCUGGCCCCCUUCGCUGCUGCCGCUGCUGCCGUGUUUGGUGGAGGCUCAGUCCGAAAUCCACCUUCAAUCUCAGGUCUUCAAAGUGAAAACAAAGCCAAUCGAAGGGGCAGCGCUGAGAUGGAGACGGACA